AAUCCAGUAAGUGGCCCUCCUUCUCCAAUUCAAGAUAACCCAUCCCUCCCUUCUUUUUCACUAAUCCAAAACCCUUUUUCUUUCUCCAGUUUCCUCAUUCAUUUCCAUUUCUCAACACAAAUUUUCAUCACCCAUCAAGCUUUUCAUCAAUGGCUUCCCUUCAACAAGCUUCAAUCUCUCUUCAACCCAAGCUUCUUUCAUCUUCUCAACACCCCAGAUCCCUUCCCUCUCUCAACCUCUCUUUUUCAGCCACUUUCCCUUCCCUCAAACUCUCCACCACUCGCCCUCUUCAUGGCGGUGCCAAAAUGUCAGCCUCCGCCGCUUCCAGCUACGCCACCGCUUUAGCCGAUGUAGCCAAGUCCAACAACACCCUUGAUGCCACCAGCUCCGACGUUGAAAAGGUCGAGAAAAUCUUCUCCGACCCACAAGUCCUCCAGUUCUUCACCAACCCCACCAUUGAUGUCCUCAAAAAACGUCAGGUUUUGGAUGAGAUUGUUAGCUCCUCCGAGCUUCAGCCGCACACGGCGAAUUUUUUGAACAUCCUGGUUGAUGCCAAGAGGAUUGAUCUUAUCAAAGAAAUCGUGAAAGAGUUCGAGUUGGUUUACAAUGAGCUGACGGACACAGAGCUGGCGGUGGUGAGUUCAGUGGUGAAAUUGGAGUCUCAACAUUUGGCACAGAUUGCUAAACAGGUACAGAAGCUGACUGGUGCUAAGAAUGUUAGGAUUAAAACUAUGAUUGACCCAAGUUUGGUAGCUGGGUUUACUAUCAGGUAUGGGAGUUCAGGGUCUAAAUUGAUUGAUAUGAGUGUUAAGAAGCAAUUGGAAGAGAUUGCUGCUCAGCUUGAUUUGGGUGAUAUUCAACUUGCUGUAUGAGUUUUGAAUUCAUUUUUUCCCUUUUUGAGAAUUGGGUUUGAAACUUUUUUGGUUAUUAUUGUAAUUGAAAUAAGUACUUUUAAUGUUAAUUGUAUGAAAUUUGUGUA